GCGGCCUGCCCAAGGAGCAUGUAGAAUACUUGGAGCGCUAUCAGAUGACUCUUAUAUAUAGAGCGUCCUCCAUUUCCACUCCACAGAAAGUAAAUCUAUGCUUCAACCUAGCAGCAAUGGCAAGCCUUAGCGAGCCUGCAACAUGGCUCGACCGCCUCCAAGAGCAAUUGAAAGUUGAUAUCGACUGCAUGGACCCUGACGAGUCGCGAAAAUUGCUCCCUUUCAAGCCAUACGAUCAGACGAGCAAUCAACGCUUAGUCUACGAGCAGAUGACAUCCACCGAGAAUCGCGACCUACUUCUCCAAGUCGCUCGAGGGUACAAACAUAAGGGCUGGGAAGCAAUUCUCGACCGGAGCGCCCUCCUCUCCGCAAAGAAUAUCGACAACAUCCAAGGCCGAGUCCUGCUGCAGACCUCAGCCUACCACGCCUACGACACACAAAAGGUAGUCGACCAUGCGCGAUCUUAUGUGCGAGAGCUCGAACGUGUUGGGAUAUCCAGGGACCGCGUAUGCAUCAAGAUCCCGUCUACUGGGCCUGCCUUGAACGCCAGUCCGAUCCUGCUGAAAGAUGGGAUUCGCACGCUUGGAACGUCGCUGCUUUCGCUCCCUCAAGCGAUUGCGGCCAGUCAGGCUGGGUGUCUCUAUAUAAGUCCUUAUUAUAAUUUACCCUGGUACCAUGCGGAACCUGGGCAGUGGCCGAAUGUGCAAGACCCAGCGCUUGAACAUCCCAUGACACCUAGGAUUCUCCAAAUCAUCCAGACUUACCGGCGCCUUCAUGAGGAGACAGGCAAAGAGCAGCCCAUGCUCAAGCCGGCAAGCUUCAAGUCCCCGCGAGAGGCAAUGGCAAUGGGUGAACUAGGAUGCGAGCACGCAACUAUACCAGAGGAUAUUCUCCAGCGGCUCGCUCUACUCAGUCUAUAUGAGAACCCGCCUCCUGGUGAAGGUCCCAGUAGCGAUGGGACAAUUCCACCCCGGCUUGCAAACCUGGCCACAAUGGACCCUCUUGCUGCCCCUGGCUGGACAGGGAAAUUGGCAUCAACAGAUAUAGACUACCUGGCUGAUAAUGGCACGGCCUUGACAAGGGCCAUUGAUGAGGAUCCGGUGACAAAGAGGGGCCUUCGCGAAGCGCUUGAGGGGUUCAUGGUAAAUGAGUUGCAAAGCAAGAAUGCGAUUGAGGAGGUUUUGAAGCAGGUCUAG